AUGUCUGACCCAGCUGCCGAGAUCUCUGUGAAGCCAGCUUCGGACCAGAAGAACAUGAAGCCCUGCUGCGCGUGCCCCGAGACCAAGAAGCCCCGCGACAAGUGCAUUAUGGAGUAUGGUGAGGAGAACUGCUACCAUCUCAUCGCUGCACACAAGGCUUGCAUGCAAGCGUUGGGAUUCAAGAUCUGA